GCUUCUGAAAUAUCACCAGGAGAUAAUAGUAGUAAUAACGACCUCAUAUUGGACAUAUUUAUUUCGUGAAAAAUUAAUUAGCUCUAUAGUUCAUUUUAUUUAGUCUUUUACAUUGGUUAAAAAAGAACAGGAAGUGGUGUGACGCAAUGUGUCUAACUUGACAGCGUAGAGGAAGAAGGGGGCGUGUCGCCAGUUGUUAGCCUGACUGCUAACUCGGAGCUAAAGUUGGCUGUACUACUUUCACUUUCUAACAGUCAGGAAUACCUUCUCGGGGAGGAAUAGGUCUUCCUGGAAAACGAAACUAGAAACCACCAUAGCUGUGUGUGACACUCGUCAGAUGGUAGAUGUAGAUGUUUAACUCUUUUCAGGGGUGAUACUGACAACUUGUAGCCAGUGGCGUCUAAAAGAUUUAACCGCUAGCCGUCCAAACGGUCAAACACGCAGGUAGUGUUAGUUUACCAGCUAGCUUUAGCGGCUAGCCCCCGCUAGCAUGGACGGCGGCGGAAGCAUGCAAAGUAAUGAGGAGAAAGGAGCAGAGAAACUAAUGGAUGACUACCUAAAAUCCAUCGGUUUGCAUCGGAAGAAGAUUGCCAAAGAUGGUUCGUGCUUGUUUCGGGCCGUCGCCGAGCAGGUGCUGCACUGCCAAAGCCUUCACACUGAAGUUCGAGCCGAAUGCGUGGAGUUCCUGAAGAGGAACAGAGGGCUGUACGAGGCGUUUGUCGAAGGUGACUUUGAGGAUUACCUGUCGAAGCUUCAGGACCCGCAGCAUUGGGUGGGGGAGGUGGAGAUCAACGCGCUGGCCGUCAUGUACAAGAGGGAUUUCCUCAUCUUCCAGGAGCCUGGAAAACGGGCCGUCAGCAUCACAGACAACAACUUCAAGGACAAAGUGCAGUUGUGCUUUCUGAAUGGGAAUCACUACGACAGCGUUUACCCCAUCAGCCACAUGAAGAACGCCGCUCUCUGCCAGUCCAUCCUGUACGAGGUGCUGUAUGACGACGUCUUCAAAGUGGACCGCGGCUUUCUGGGUAUGUGCCAACGGGUCGGCCGGCCCUCGGACCUCCUGAGCGACGACAGCAUGGCCGUCUGCGGCAGCAGCGACGAGUCCGACCCGGACGCCGGCGAGCCGCUCUGGGUGGAAAGUGAAACGACGAAACCAACAAGACACAGCAGGGGCCGCGGGCGUGGCCGACAUCUGUCUGAGAGGGUGAGGCGUUCACUGAACCCGACUCUGUUCAGGAACAUCGAGUACGACGUCUGGCACAAGACCAAGAGAGCGCAGCAGAAGAUGGAUUACUACAUCGCUGCUGGGAUGCAGUUCACUGUAGGAGACCGCUGCCAGGUUCGUCUUGAGGGAGGUGGAAGGAGUUACGUCGCCACCAUCAAGGAGGUGCCUCCCAACAACGGCCCAGUGACAGUUUACAUUGAAGAGCUGGGCAGGAAACAGGUCCCUCUGUGGUGUCUCCGUCCAGCCAAUGACGAGGGCAGGUGGAGUACUGUGGUCAGCCGGGAGAAGAGACUGAGCAACGGACAUGGAGAGUGGGAGGACAGGGGUAAGGGCAGAGGCAGGGGGAAGCACACCACAGCCUCCUCCCCCUCCUCCUCCUCCUCCGCUGUUUCCCAGGCGACGGCACCUGGCUCAAGCGGGCGUGUGCAGAAGCAGCAUUCCUGGCCCCCGCAGGCCACCGUAGAGGAGCAGGGAGGGGUGAAAGCCAGCAGGAAGUCUAUGAGCACGGUGGAGUCUGGGUUCGGACUGACGGAGGAGCAGCGUUUGGCCAAAGAGGAGGAGGAGAGGAACGUGGCGUUGGUGGAGCUCCAGCUCAGAGACGAGCACAGCUUCCCCGCCCUCGGGGCGCAGUCGGGGGUGCAGGGUGAUGGAGGGAGGAAGAAAGGAGGAGAGAAGAAGAAACUCCAGAGAAACAAGACGAAGAGUCCGGUCCAAGACGUCACAGCUCUGUCUCCCUCUGCUGGUGAAGGACCCAAAUCCUCCAGCCCGACACUCGCCAGUGCUGCUACUACUGCACCUACUACAAAUACUACUACUACUACUACACCCCCCACCCCCACCCUUCCAGGUCCAAAACCUGCUGCCGCUCCGUCCACAGACUCUGACUCCAGUCCUGCUGGUCUGAGGUCGGCAGCCGCUGCUGUAGCAUCCAGCCCGCCACUCACCACUGCUGCCCCGGCCGCUAAAACAAACGCACCUUCUGCUGGAGCUCCGCCCAGUUCUCCACCUCCUGCUGCUGCCCCGAGCACUAAACCCUCUGGCGCUGUGCCGUCCUCUGCCACUCUCUUUUCCCUCCUCACCCCUGUUCUCCCUGCUGCCUCGUCACCCCCGACCACCAACGCCCCGUCCACAUCCUCUCCUCCUGCUUCCUCUAAAAAACUUCUCGCCUCCUCCUCUUCUUCUCUUCUUCCUAAAUCAUCAGCCUCGCCUCCUCCUUCAUCUUCACUGCCGCCCCCGACUUUCAUCGCCCCCAUUGCUCCGUGUCCCGCCGCUGCUCAGGGCUUCCUCCCUCCCACCUCCCUCACCCGUUCUCCCGUCCUGCGCUCCCCCAGUCCCCCUUCCUUCUCCUCGUCCUCCGUCAUCCAUCAUGCUGCUCGCGUCCACGAGGCUCCGCCAGUUUCAGCACAAACUCCAAAUUCUUCGACGGACUCUGGAGGUGCCCUGACGAAGACCCAGGACUCCCUGUCCCAGACUCAUCCUCAGGUGUCCCAGACCCAAACCCAGGCCUCAUUAACCCAGACUGAGAGCCACGCCCAGCCUCCGCAGAUGCCGACUGAGACCCGGUCCUCUCUCCCUCCACCCUGCUCUCCCCACCUGCAGCACCAGCCUCAGCCCCACACUGACGUGGCCUCUCUGCCUCAGGCCCAGACAGCUGUCCUCCAGCCCUCAGUCCCCCAAACCCAGGUCUCUGUCUCCCACCUCCAGCCCCAGUCUGAGGUGGUCCUGGUGCAGUCCUCUCACCCUGCUCCAGACGCUUCCCACCCUCACACCACCCAAGCCUCAGUUCCUGUCUCUGCCUUUGUGCAGCCCCAAUCGUCUGUCACUCCUCCUCACCUCCACGUCCAGCCGGCCCAGCCUCCUCACCCCUCCCAAGUCCCCCAUCCCUCCCUCUCUCUCUCAGCCUCCCAGACCCCCAACACCCAGAAUCAAACAGAGGCCCUGCUGCCUCCCACCCAACCUCAGCCGGACUCGGCGGCUCACAGUCCCUCCCAGCAGCCUCACCCUCCUCCCCCCUCUCAUCUUGCACACCCCCCUCCUCCUCCGCCUCACCCCCAGUCCAUCUUAGGAGCCGUUCCUCUGCAGCAGCUGUCCCAGCUGUACCAGGACCCCCUGUACCCGGGGUUCCCCCUGGGGGAGAAGGGCGACAUGGCUCAGACUCCCUCCUUCUCCUCCAACAAAUCAGGGGACGACCUGCCCGAAGAUGUCAACAUCUUGAGGUUUUUCUUCAACUUGGGUGUCAAGGCCUACUCCAUGCCCAUGUUUGCCCCCUACAUGUACCUCCUCCCCCUCCAGCAGGCCCACACCAUGCACCCCAAGCUCCCCUCCCGCUCCCCCUCCCCACAGUACCCUCCCUCCAACCCCCCCACCAGGCACCAGGAGACGUACCCCCACCUGCAGUACCCUCCGACUUCAGCCGCCGUGCCUCCUCAGUAUGAACAUCAGGCCCCACUCGCUGAGCCCCCCCAUCCCAGUGACCCCUUCAACCAGGCUGGGUACCCCAUGGCUGAGCCCCACAGGAUGCCCUGCCCCUCGUCAUGGCAACAGCACCAGAUGCCCCCACCCAGAAACCCCACCUUCCCGGUCGGGUAUCCGACUCCAAGCCCACCAUAUCCGGUUGCCCAGACCUUGUCUCAGAGCUACCACCCAGGUCAAGGCCAGGGACCCCCACUGUUCCCUCUGAGCUUGCCUCCUUAUCCCCCGUCCUCGCUGGGAUACCAGUCUUCACCGGCCCAUGAAGAGCCCCAGAUGAGCCAGGCUGUGAUGGAGCAGCAUCAGCCCGCCAACGGGGACACGAUGUCUGCCCAAGGACUCGUCCGAGUCCCCGGCCCUGCUGCUGCCAACAGCAGUAGAUCAGUGGUGGUUUCUGGUUUUGCUGGCAAGAAGGAGCAGGGAGAGAGUUUGCCCAGAACGGUGCUGCUGGUGGACCCGCCGCUCAACCCCAACAAUCCCAUACUGGUUGAAAACCUUGGCGUCAAGGAUGUUCCUGUCGCCAUGACAACCAUGAAGACCAGCAGCACCCCUGGCUCUCCAUUAUCUUACAACUUCAUCUCCAGGACGAUAGUCCCUGGGGACAACUCCUCCUCUCGUGGUUACCGGGGCAACCACAAACUGCUUAAUCCCACCGGCGCGUACGUCUCACCGGGGCCGCUCGAGCCCAGCCAGGUGGGUUACCAUGGGCCGACCAUGGCGGAGCAUCCGUCUAUCGGCUGCAACACGGAGGACGACUGGGAGGAGCAGACGGGAUUCAAACCGACGAGCCUGAACCACCGAGGGCCCAGGAGGAGCCACAGAGGAGGGAGAGGGAGGGGAGGCCACGAUCCAGGGCGGGGGACACAGAGGAGGAGAUACGGAGGAGAGGCAGGGGUGGGGUUCAGCUACUCCCAGUUUAACCCCUCCUACAGGGGGCGGGGCCGGGAGAGAGGAUACUAGUUCUCAGCCAACAGGAGUCCUUUCUCACCAACAGGAGAUCUGAUUGGCGGAUUGGAUUGUUUCCACACAGAAAAUGGACAGCAGAAGCAUUUCGCUAAGUGUCGUGUCAUCGCCUGCACUUUACUCCGCAUGGGGAGUUGUAAAUUUGUGUAUUUCGGUGUGUCAGAACGCUUCUGCUCGUUGUGACUACAUGACCAUCAGAUGUUCUUUAGCUCGUUAGUGGAUUUUAAAGGAGCAGUUGGGACAUUUUGGUGAAGUUUUUGCUCUCUUGCCAAACAUCAGAUAAGAUUUUUCUUUCAUUACCCCUCUCACAUUUGAAUGCUAAAUGUGAAGUUGCUGCUACUUAGCAUGAAGAGCGGGAACUGAAGGAAAGGCCACGUUCCAGCACCUCCUGAGCAAAAACUGUUUGUGUUUCCACUGUGAGCGCUGACCUCAUCUGUUUCCACGCUUUAUGCUAAGCUAAGCUCGCCGUCUUCUGGCUCGAGCUGCGAGUUCACUGUACAAACGUGAGAGUGACAUUUUCCAAGAAAACAUGGAGUUGCAUCUUUAAUAGAAAAUGAAAAUUCAGACUCUGUGCCAUCCCUUGAAUGUAGCACAACAGCUGAGAGCUUUAUUCUGUAAAACAAGUCCAGCGAGCGCUUCUCCUCCCCUCGGUUAGCGCUGUGAGCUAAAGACAAGUUUUAAAUGGACAACGAGGAUUAAAGCAUCAGAAAUCUGAUCUCAUAUCACAGAAUGUGUUCAGCUUUCACAGCUGUAUCAGCAGUUUGUACGGGACUCUGGGUUGGAAGCUGUGUGGACUUUUCUUCUUGAGAUUUUUGUUUUUUAGUUGCCUGCUGCUGCUGGUCUCACUGGUUCUUCCUUUCUGUGUGAUCAUCUUGUUUUUCCUUCCUUGUUGUGAUUGUUGGUUUUGUGUUUCUUCCAUCACGUUUGAUGGGUUCAGAGAUUUAGUGCCUUAAACUCGCUACGCCUUAUCGAGAAACACUGCUGUACAGAUGGAAGGCUGUCGCUGUCUGUGUUGGAUUUUUCUAUGCGGUUGAAUAAAUAAAACUUUAGUUCAGA